AUGCUGGGAGGCGACAAGGCGACAACGGUCCUGCGGGCUCCUUCCGGAGCGGCGCGCCCCGCCGGGGCUGGAAGGCAACAUCGCCAGGUCGCUCGCGUGGUGUGCUGGACGAACGGAAAGCCGGCGGAGCUGGAGAGAGGAAGUGGCAACAUGGACAGGUCCCUCUCCUCGACCUUAGUGACGUUCCCCGGAGAGGACGCCCCAGGCACGGGGCUCAGGCACCUGCCUGAUCCCCAGGAGGCGCAGCUGACAGCCAAAGAGCGCCACGCGAUGAGGACCACCCACGAGUGCUACGAGGCUUUCCCCAUUGAGCUCCACGCCAGCUGCCCCUUGGAUGUGCACGACUCCGAGCCCACGGGUGUGUCCGCGCGCCAGCUGCCUGAUGCUGGUCCCACCUCGGGCCCCAGGCACCGUCCCCAGCCCGUUGAUGGCGACCACUUCCUCACCGACCCCUCUGUGCCAAAAACUGUGUCGUCGAGGCUGAGGGAACUUGAGAUUCGUCAUGGAAUUGGAAGCGGCUAG